UUUUUCCUUGCAGCAAUAGGUGGCAGCACAGAGUCACAGAUUUUUCUGCAAAGCAACUAUGACAAAUGAAAUUUCCAUGCAAAGUGUUCUGUGCUAGCACAGAUAUAUCGAAGGUCAGUGCAGGGGCAGGCUGAGAGCAAGCCGGACAGACAAUGAACUCUGAAGCUCUGGCUCGUUCUGAUGUAUUCGGACAGCUCAGGAAAGAACUUUAUGGAGAUGAGCCGUCCAGUAAUUCUAACACACACAUAUUCAUCAUCCUGGGAGCGUCUGGGGACCUUGCUAAAAAGAAGAUCUAUCCAACUUUAUGGUGGUUGUUCAGAGAUGGCUUGCUCCCCAAUGAUACACACAUUGUGGGCUUUGCCCGGUCUAGUCUGACUGUGGAGGACAUUAAGGCUGCAUGUCUGCCUCAUAUGAAGGUGACUGAUGCGGACAGAGAGGGUCUAUCAGCGUUCUUCAGUAAGAACUCUUACGUUAGUGGCCGAUAUGACGACGUCAGCUCCUUUGACCAACUCAACAGCUUUCUGUCAUCUCUGCCUGGGGGAGGGAACACCAACCGACUGUUCUACCUGGCCCUGCCACCCACAGUUUACCAGCAUGUCAGCGCAAACAUCAGGAACCACUGCAUGAGUAGCAAAGGCUGGAACAGAGUCAUUUUCGAGAAACCGUUUGGCCGUGAUCUCCAGAGCUCAUGGGAGCUGUCAGCCCACCUGUCUUCACUUUUCAAAGAAGACCAAAUAUAUCGCAUUGACCACUACCUGGGGAAGGAAAUGGUCCAAAACCUCAUGGUGUUAAGGUUUGGUAAUCGCAUUUUUGGACCUACGUGGAACAGGACCAGCGUAGCCUGCGUGACCCUCACCUUCAAAGAGCCGUUUGGCACUGAGGGCCGAGGAGGAUACUUUGAUGACUUUGGAAUCAUUAGAGAUGUCAUGCAGAACCAUCUGCUGCAGAUGCUCUGUUUGGUUGCAAUGGAGAAACCUGCUUCAACCAGUCCAGACGACGUGAGGGAUGAGAAGGUGAAGGUGUUAAAGUGCAUAGCUCCUGCUGUCAUGUCGGAUAUGGUGCUUGGGCAGUAUGUUGGUGAUCCUGAAGGGGAGGGCCAAUCAAAGCUGGGUUACCUUGAUGAUCCCACCGUACCAAAAGGCUCUUGCACUCCAACUUUUGCCACGACAGUGCUUUAUGUCCAAAAUGAAAGAUGGGAUGGCGUCCCUUUCAUUCUCCGUUGUGGCAAAGCCCUAAAUGAGCGGAAAGCAGAAGUCCGUCUGCAGUUCACAGACGUGCCAGGAGACAUCUUUGGCGCACGCUGUCAGAGGAAUGAGCUAGUUGUGCGUGUGCAGCCAGAUGAAGCCAUUUAUCUGAAGAUGAUGACCAAGAGGCCUGGGGUUUACUUCAGCCCUGAGGAGACUGAGCUGGACCUCACUUACAAGAGCAGAUACAAGAACCUGAAGCUCCCAGAUGCAUAUGAGAGGCUGUUAUUAGACGUCUUCUGUGGAAAUCAGAUGCACUUUGUCCGCAGUGAUGAAUUGCGGGAAGCCUGGAGGAUCUUCACUCCUGUCCUCCACCAAAUAGAAUCAGAGAAGAAACGUCCAAUUCCUUACAAAUAUGGAAGUCGUGGCCCAAAUGAAGCAGAUGAGCUCGUGAAGAGGGUGGGAUUCCGCUAUAAGGGCACAUACAAGUGGGUGCAGCCCCACACUAACUGAUGCUUCAUGCCACAUGAUCACAUACUCUCAGGAAAAUUACUGUAUGAAAGUUUACAAAAAAUAAAAGUUUACUUUGGUGACUGUUGUACCUGUUGAUCAUGUCUGCAUGUACAAAAGAAGGGACUGAUGGUUCCACCUGAUCAUAACAAAAUUAACUAAGAAAAAAAAAGUAACCCAAUCUGAGAUUUCUUCACGAAUCACCAUUCAAUCUCCACUCUAAUAUAACAUCAAUAAAAUGGGUGUGAACAAUUUGGAACUGCAACAAUGGUUAAUGGAUGUAGGGAUAUGAAUACGAGAUUUUUUAUUUAGGGUCACGUGAAAGGAAUAAAAGCUUGUUCUCUGCUGUCAGCAGACCCAUGUUUUCAGUUACCACACCACUUUAGGAAUGCAAAACAUGAUUCACAUAAAGCCAGGCCAACCCCUACAUAUACCAGGAGGACUUGUUGGACUGGUUUGCAAGAGAGGUGCCUCCUCCAAUAACAAUCAGAAAGGGGCAUUUCCUAUCUGGAAUCA